GUUUACAGAGGAAGUUUUAUAACAGCACAAUUGUGCAUACACUCUCAGAGUGACUAGCUGAUGUUAUUUUUCAUGUAAGACUUUAACUUCCAGCUUCACAGCAGCCGACAACAUGGUGAAUCUCGGUCUGACCAGGGUGGACGAUGCGCUGGCAGCAAAACACCCGGGUUUAGGGAGUUAUGCUGCCUGUCAGUCUCAUGCCUUCAUGAAGGGAACUGGGACCUUCAUACUUGGUGCUGCCGGCUUAUUUGCCAUUCAGACGGCUUUACAGAAGAAGCGACCUUAUCCUCUUCAAUGGAGCCUGCUCAUUUCAAUAGUGGCGUCAUCAGUGGGCAGUUAUGCAGUGACUCGCUGGGAAACACAGAAAUGCUCAGAUCUCUGGCUGCUGCUGGAAACAGGAAAAGUCCCGGACAGAUCGCCACCACGGUUGUCUAUACCAGAGGAAUCAAAGGGACCUGAGAAGACAAAAUAUGGGGAUGUAAUGGACUGAACAUGAUUAUAGAUAGACAUGUAUAUCUAUUGUAUAUAACUACACCCUUUCAGAAAAUAUACUCUGCUGGAGAUGUCCAGAUAAGCUGUUUUUUUUUAACCAUCAGGAGAGCGCUGUAUUUAUUUGCACCAAGUGUUUUUUUCACUUUUAUUCCUUAAACAUGGCACAUGAAUGAAGUGUCAGUUUUUUUCAGUUUCAGAGUUUGUGGAGCUUUUGGAUUUCAUAACAGCAUUAACGUGUAGAUACACAGAUGAGUUUCCUGAAUCAGAGGUCAGGACUUAGUUUGGGUUUUUAUGAGGAAUCAGAUGUUAAGCUUAUGAUCCAGUAUUAUUAUUUGGACGCGUUUGUUUGACAUGCGACAGAAUUAAUGCUGAACUGCCAAAACCAGACAUCAGUUGUCACUGUAUACCUCAUUGGAUUUGCAGAGCUGUGUAUUUCAGACCCCCGUGGGUCAACCAGCCCAGUAAAUGACCACUUUCUGUCUUCAAGCUUAUGAUCUAAAUGACACAUUGAUUUAAUCAUGUAUGCCUUGGACUACAGAGAGCAAAUCAUGGUGGAAAGAUUCAUCCUUUUAGAUAAAUAAAAAUUCUCAGCUGUUAAAUAAAAGUCUCUGGGCAGCAG